AUGAAUAAUCCGAACAACCACAACGAAAAUAGUAAUUCUAAUAACAACAACAACAACAACAACAACAACACUACCAAUGUUGUUGCUGAUUCAAGUAUGCAACAACUUCAUCUGUUACAACAAUUUAUGAAUCAACUCUCCAAUCAUAACAAGAAUCCGCUCUGUGAUUCAAAUACUAUUCCUUCGCCAUCCUCCUCCUCCUCCUCAUUACAGCAACAACAACAAAUAUACCACACCAUGAUACAACAAUUGAUGAAUUCAUCAUCGUCCUCUCAUCAUCCCUCCACCAGUAACAACAACAACAACAAUAGCCCAAGUCCAUCGCCGAACAAUAACAACAAUCCGAAUUCAUCGAGUCCCUUCUUCUUUUCUGUGAAUAUGCCUGCAGCGAAUAAUAACAGCACAGGAAAUUACUCAGCACCGAAUAGUACUAGUUAUUCAUCGAAUACUACUACUACUACAACGACGAAUAGCUUUCAACAACCACAAGCUGCAAGCAACAAGACCACUUUAACCAUAAAUGAAAAAUCGGAUCCAACCAGUUCAACCAACAACACGAAUGCAAGUCUCAAUAACAACAAUAUGCUCACGAACAUGAUGAUGAAUAUGCUCAUGAUGAUGAAUAAUAACAAUAACAACAACAACAACAAUGGAGGGGCGUCUUUGGAACAACUUCAACAAAUUUUCAAUACCAUGUGGAGGAACAUGAUGGCCUCGAACAACAACAAUAACUCUCAACAACAAGCACCACCACAAAGCUUGGUCAAUCCUCCUCUCCACAUGUGGAAUAUGCUCGCUGACACCACCACCACAUCACAGAAACGAUCAUCGACUUCUCAAUCCACCUCCACUCAACAGCAAUCCUCCUCGAACACUCCACUCUCCUCAGUGACCACUUCUUCCUCUCUCGGUGCUAGCACUCCUGCUGCCACUCCAAGCAGUAGCAAUUCCACGACAACUCCUCUUCUCACCUACUCUCAUAGCAGUGCAAGUUUGAGGAGCAGUCAGAGUUUGAACAGCAGUAUUAAUACUGGCAACCAAAAUCAAUCACAACAACCACAACAACCACAACAACCAUCCUCUCAAACACUUUCCAACCCUAACAACCACAACAACAACAUGCCAAACACCACUUCAUCCUCUCUCUCACCACAAGAAUUGGAACAACUCAUGCUGUUGCGGAAGUUGCUCGUAACGGAAAGUGAAAAAAUGAAACAUCAUCAACAAUAUUUGCAGCAGCAUCCGUCGUCGUCAUCAUCAUCCUCACAAGGCUUGAGUGUGUUGAUGCAACCACAUCAUCAUCAACUACCACCACCACUACAACAACAACAACAACAUAUUGGCUCGGGACAUGUUCAUCAUCAACCGCAACAACAUUUAUUGAAUCCAUUUGCUUCUUUAACGCCAUCUUCAUCGACGACGACCACGACGACGGGUUAUGGAAAAAACAUGCUUUUUAGUCCUCCGAAUCCUAGCGGCAAUUCAUCGUUAUCCAUCAUUAAUGGGCCAGUAAUGCAGAAUUCUAGUGGAAAUGCCAGUACUGGUAGUUCAGGAAGUACACCUGCAUCAUCAUCUUCAUCUCCAUCAAAUGCUUCAUCCUCAUCUGGAAUUUCAUCUCUACACAAUCAAUCACAUUUAUUGAAUAAUGGUACCACAACGACGAGUACGAAUAACUUUUUUUAUACACCAUCAUCAUCAUCAUUAGCAAACAAUCCCGCAUCAUCACCCUCUCCACAACACAGUAAUUCUGCCAUGCGUGGAAAUUUAGUAAUAACGAACAAGGUCAUGUCAUCCAAGAAAAAAGAAGAGGACAAACUUUCAGAGGUGCUGGCAACAAUUCUUGAGAGACAACGAAAUAAUCAUCAACUGGUCAAUCCACUUGGAAGUGACAAUCCAUUUGGUCAAUUACUUCCACUCUAUGAACACUCUUUAAAAUUUGGUCAAACAGAUGUACCCAUGACACUUCAGCAUCAACUCAUGUCAGAACUCAUGCGACCGCAACAACAAGCGCAGCAGCAACAACCCAACACUCCUCUCCAACAACAACAACAACAACAACCAAAUAAUACUAGUACCCACAACACCUUGGUACCAUCUGCUUCGUUUUCUUCUUUUACUGCCGGAAAUUUCUCAGAGGAAAGUCUCAUGUUUUUCAAUUCAUCAUUAGAAGAUUUCUUACAAGAACCAGCCCAAGAUAAUACCAGCGGUAUAUUUCAAUUUUAUGACAAUUAA